ACUCUCCCCUACCUCACGCACGGACGCUUGAACCAACGCAGCAGUACAGACCGUUUUUCACAGACUGUUUUCCAGCAAAGUCCCCGCGGUCCCGGAGAAAGGAAGGAAGGAGUAAAUAAAAAUAAUGUUUAAAUCCUGACUAAAAAUCGAAUGGAUUGGCGAUCUAUUCUGAGAGCUAAUACGAUUAGAGGAGUCUAGUCUUGGUACUGUCAUUGCGGACAUGGCUCUUAGUCGCGGUAUGGCACCUUUCUCUCAGUUCCUCGGGGAGUGUUUCCCCUGUCAGUCCUUCGCCGCUACUGGAAAUGGCGUUGAGAUGCUGCUGAACAAGGAAGACGCAGUGAAGGCAGACUCUGCCAGGGAAUAAACUACUACGAAUAUAUGAUUACCUAUGUUUUUAUUUGGGUUGGAUUCUUAGUAGCGGUGGACAAUACCAUGGUGAAUUACCAGAAAUAUAUUACUGUUAUGCAGCUGGCUCUGGGGGUGACCUCCUACAACAAAGAACAUCAUCUUCCUCCCAGGAAAUCGUUGUGGAUUCACCCCAGCCUCCUCCACCCCGGCAAUCUCCCACACGGCAGAGCCAGCCGGGGUCAAGGCCAAGGUCAGGGACACGGACACGGUCACGGGCUAGGACACGGGAGCGGCUCGAUCUCUGCAUCGUCGUCUGUGAGCAGCAUACAUCAGGCCAAGCCGUCGCUACGCAGGAUCAAAGGUCGUAUCCACAGGAGCAAGAGCCUGGACAGCAUCGACCUGCUGGACUCCAAAAGUGCAGCUAUGGAGGAGACCGUCAUAUGGGAACAGCACACAGUAACUCUACACAGGGCACCAGGGUUUGGCUUUGGGAUAGCCAUCUCGGGAGGUCGGGAUAACCCUCAUUUUCAGAGUGGUGAGACCUCCAUCGUCAUCUCAGACGUCCUGAAGGGAGGUCCAGCCGAGGGCCUACUGCAGGAGAAUGACAGAGUCACGAUGGUCAACGCCGUCUCCAUGGACAACGUGGAACACGCAUACGCAGUACAGCAACUACGGAAAAGUGGCAAGAAUGCUAAAAUUACGAUCAGACGGAAGCGGAAGGUGCAUGUACCCAUGAGUCGGCUGGGGGAGAGGGCGACCAUGUCGGAGCAUGAUGAUGAGGAGGAGGAUGAGGAAGAUAGCUACGACGAGGAGAUAUACGAGACGCGCUCCGCACGCAGCGGCCCCAGCGCCUACAGCGCUGUGGGUGGGGCCUCGGCCCGGCGCAGCGGGAGGAGCGCCGGAAGGCGGGACAAGGACAGAGAGCGGGAACGCAGUGGCUCACGGGAGAGGAGUCUCUCCCCGCGGGCCGACCGGCGCUCGCUCAACCAGCCCCCGCGGCCUGCCAAAGUCACCCUCGUAAAGUCCCGAAAGAAUGAAGCAGAAUAUGGCCUUCGCCUGGCCAGCCACAUCUUCGUAAAGGACAUCUCACCCGAGAGCCUGGCGGCCAGGGACGGAAACAUACAGGAGGGAGACGUUGUACUGAAGAUCAACGGCACGGUGACAGAAAACCUGUCGUUGAUAGACGCUAAGAAGCUGAUUGAGAGGUCAAAGGGCAAGCUAAAGAUGGUGGUGCAGAGAGACGAGAGAGCUACGCUGCUGAACAUACCAGACCUGGACGACAGCGUCCCAUCAGCCAACGCCUCCGACAGAGACGGUGAGGGACACUACAUAGACAUUUCAGAUAUCCAUUCGGUGGCGUCCGACCAUUCCAACCGAUCCCACGACAGACAUCGUAGCAGCCGGUCCCGCUCCCCUGACAGGCGAUCUGAUCCCUCCGACCACUCCAGACACUCCCCUCCACAGAUCAGCAACGGCAGUCACAGAAGUCGUGAGGAGGAGGAGAGGAUCUCGAAGCCGACAGCGGUGCCACCCAAGCUAGCGGAGGAGGCUCCUGCCCUGCCCAGACCCCUGGAGAAGUCUGUCACCAGGGAAGAGAAACCGGUCCCUCCUCUACCAGAACCCAAGCCAGUAUAUGCCCAGCCAGGCCAGCCUGACGUGGACCUGCCAGUCAGCCCUGCUGAUGCCCCUGUGCCCAGCGCUGCCCAUGAUGACAGCAUCCUACGGCCAAGUAUGAAGCUGGUGAAGUUUAAGAAGGGGGAGAGUGUGGGUCUGAGGCUGGCAGGGGGGAACGAUGUGGGCAUCUUUGUAGCAGGAGUCCUGGAGGAUAGCCCAGCAGCUAAGGAGGGUCUGGAGGAGGGGGAUCAAAUUCUCAGGGUUAAUAAUGUGGAUUUUGCUAAUAUCAUCCGAGAAGAGGCGGUGCUGUUCCUCCUCGACCUCCCUAAAGGUGAAGAGGUCACCAUCCUGGCCCAGAAGAAGAAGGAUGUGUACCGGCGAAUCGUGGAGUCUGAUGUGGGCGACUCGUUCUACAUCCGGACCCACUUUGAGUAUGAGAAGGAGUCUCCGUACGGCCUGAGCUUCAACAAGGGAGAAGUGUUCAGAGUGGUGGACACCCUGUACAACGGCAAGCUGGGCUCCUGGCUGGCCAUCCGCAUCGGCAAGAACCAUCAGGAGGUGGAGAGAGGCAUCAUACCUAACAAGAACAGAGCGGAGCAGCUGUCCAGCAUGCAGUACACCCUCCCUAAGACAGCAGGGGGCGACAGGGCAGACUUCUGGAGGUUCAGGGGCCUGAGGAGCUCCAAGAGGAACCUGAGGAAAAGUAGAGAGGACCUGUCGGCCCAGCCCGUACAGACCAAGUUCCCCGCUUACGAGAGGGUGGUGCUGAGAGAGGCUGGUUUCCUCAGACCUGUGGUGGUAUUUGGACCCAUCGCAGACGUGGCACGAGAGAAAAUCUCCCGGGAGGAGCCUGAUCUGUUUGAACUUGCAAAGAGUGAACCUAGAGACGCAGGGACAGACCAGCGUAGUUCAGGAAUCAUUCGUCUCCACACCAUCAAGCAGAUCAUCGACAGAGAUAAACAUGCCGUCCUGGACAUCACCCCCAACGCGGUGGACCGUCUGAACUACGCCCAGUGGUAUCCCAUCGUGGUGUUCCUCAACCCGGACAGCAAGCAGGGCGUCAAGAACAUGAGAACCAGGCUCUGUUCCGAGUCCAGGAAGUCAGCCCGGAAACUCUACGAGAGAGCCUUGAAACUAAGGAAGAACAACCACCACCUCUUCACCACCACCAUCAACAUGAACAACAUGAACGAUGGCUGGUACGGCGCUCUGAAGGAGACCGUCCAGCAGCAACAGAACCAGUUGGUCUGGGUGUCAGAGGGCAAGGCGGACGGCGCUCCGGACGAUGACCUCGACAUCCAUGAUGACCGUCUGUCAUAUCUGUCAGCCCCGGGCAGUGAGUACUCCAUGUACAGCACGGACAGCCGCCACACCUCUGACUAUGAGGACACGGACACAGAGGGCGGGGCCUACACUGACCAGGAACUAGACGAGACGCUCAAUGACGAGGUUGGCCUGCCCACGGAGCCAGCCAUCACCCGCUCCUCAGAGCCGGUCAGAGAGGACCCGCCCGUCAUCCAGGACCCCUCGUCUGGUGGUUACUCUGGAUACCAGCACGUUUCUGUGACGCCGUCCGACCCGGUCAACUGCAUCGACCCGUCCGGUUUCAAGAUGUCCGCCGCUCCUCAGCAGCAAGAUGAUGCUGCUCUGGCUAUUCCUUCCUCUCUGCUGCCUGCGGCGGUGGCGCCCCCUGCUGUUGAGACUGAGUCACAGCAGCCUGUGUUGCAGCUAGAGGGUAUGACCCCUGACCUGGAGGAGGAGACUCCGGUUGCAGCUCCUCAGGCUGCAGAUACACUCCUUAGCAGCCCCAGUCCCGCCCCUACUGAGCUAGCCCCGCCCCCAACACCACCAUCACUCGAACCCCAACACCUGUCUCAAUCGCCGCUCGGCCCUGGUCCUGAACCCAAGAUGUACAAGAAGGAUCUGUACAGUCUGGAGGAACCAGUGAGAGUGAACCACGGCGGCAUGAAGUCGUCUCUGAGCUACACCCACCAGCCCUACCAGGACAAACAGCCAUACCGCCAGUACGACCACUCGCCUUACGGCUACUGUAGUGACAGGGGGGGCUACGCCGAACCAAAGCCUCACCAGGGGAACUUUGACUCUCACCUGCACUACGACAACCGUGUGCCUCAAAACUACGAUGAUGGCCGGUGGCCCCCCUACGACCAGCAGACCUCUUCUCCCCAGCCCCCGGGGUACCAGCCUGGCCCGGUCCACCAGCAGGGCUACCCUCCCAGGGGGACCACCCCCUAUGAGGACGGCCCCGUCAGGGACUACAGCCCCCCCCAGCCACGCUACGAUGAGGCCCCGGCGGGGAUGCAGGGCUACGACGGCAAGCCUCGUCACGGUAAACCUCCGGGGCCAAUGCGGUAUGAUGAACCGUCUCUCCCGCCCUCGGCUGGCCCUUACGACGCCUGCUCUCCCUACGAGGCCGAGCCCCCCCACGGCUACUGCCUCAGCUCUCCCCGCUCCCCGGAACCCCCCAAGCAGUAUUACGGAGACUCUGCUCCUGGCCGGAGACCCUCCUAUAACCCGGUGCCUCCCAGUCGGGGCGGUGGCUACAACCGUGAACCUCUAAUGACCUCUGACCCACCCCUUCCCCCUCACAAACCUGAGCCCUUGGCCUCUCCGGGAGAGAUGGGGGUAAACGCGGGGUCCAAACCCCUCCCUCCACCGCCCCGGGGGGAGGAGGAAAAGGACGACCCAGCCAUGAAGCCCCAGUCGGUGCUCAACAGGGUCAAGAUGUUUGAGAAUAAGAGGUCAGUGUCUGUGGACCGGGCCAAGGAGGCUGGCGACUCCACCGUGAUGAGGCCUGCGGACCUGCCCAGACCUAUGACUGCACCUGGUCCUGUCCCCAAAGCCAACUCCCUCAGCAACCUGGAGCAGGAGAAACCUACGUACAGAGCCCCCGAGCCCCAGAAUGCCCCUGGGUCUAAGCCCCUGAAUGACGUGGCCCACUCCUCCAACCAUUACGAUGCUGACGAGGAUGAGGAGUAUUACAGGAAGCAGCUGUCCUACUUUGACCGCCGCAGCUUCGACAGCAAGACCAUGAACCCCACCCCCGGGAUCAACCGCUUCCCACCACAGACCCAGCUAGCUUACCCUUACAACAGGGCGGAGUCUGUGGAGAAGGUGAGUCCGGUAGAGAAGAGGUACGAGCCCCUCCCCCAGAUCAGUCCUGUCUCCCAGUACGGACCCCCCAGCCCUGCCGUACCACCCAACAGCCUGCCCAAACUCACCACCAAUGAUGUGAACUCACAGCCCGACAAUCUCCUCAGCGCCUCUCCCAAACACGAUCUCUCCGGCCUUCGCCCCUCUACCCUCCAGGAUCUCCCCUCCCAGCCCUACCUGGCCCAGAGGUCCCCAGUGGGGGUCAACGGCACCGACGCACCCCCCAAAACCCCUGGAACCACCCCCACCCCACAAAGCUACAACCGAUAUGUCCCUAAGCCUUACACCUCCUCGGCCCGGCCCUUCGAGAGGAAGUUUGAGAGCCCCAAGUUCAACCACAACCUCCUCCCCAACGACCUCCUGAUCAGUAGCAGCAACCCCAAACCCAGUGUGGUCAACAACAACAGCAGGACCAAGCCGCCGCUGUCUCCUCAGGCCCUGGACCACGACAGUGGACUGGACACGUUCACACGCACCAUGGACAACAGGGGGCCCAAGUACCAGCAGCACAACAACUUAGUCAACAAUGCUGUUCCCAAGGCCAUACCUGUCAGUGUUCUGGAGGAUGACGAGGAGGAUGAAGGUCACACAGUGGUGGCCACGGCCCGGGGGAUCUUCAACUGUAACGGCGGGGUGCUGAGCUCCAUCGAGACGGGAGUCAGCAUCAUCAUCCCCCAGGGAGCCAUCCCCGACAGCAUAGAACAGGAGAUCUAUUUCAAGGUCUGUCGGGACAACAGCAUCCUGCCCCCCCUGGACAAGGAGAAAGGAGAGACCCUGCUCAGCCCUCUGGUGAUGUGUGGGCCUCACGGUCUUCAGUUCCUGAAGCCGGUGGAACUGCGUCUACCUCACUGUGCGUCUAUGACCCCAGAUGGUUGGUCUUUUGCUCUAAAAUCCUCCGACUCCUCGUCGGGUGACUCCAAGACAUGGCAGAACAAGUCUCUCCCAGGAGACCCCAACUACCUGGUGGGAGCCAACUGUGUGUCUGUGCUCAUUGACCACUUCUGAACAUAGAGGGAGACAGCUGGCCUGUUACUGAAUGUGUUAGAUCAGGGGGCAGCCACAGACUGAAACGUUGCCCUCCUCUCCUGCUGCUGUCCUCCUCCCAGGCAGCAGGGGGCAGCACUGCUUGACUUGAUGAAGCACGAACUUGAAUAUUGAACAUUGAUGCAUCGUUUACUGCGCCCCCCCCCCCAAAAAAAAACUCUGCAAGCCCAUUGAAGUGGGAGGAGUCUCAACGCAGCAUCCUAUCCCAGUGCUGUGCCACCCCCCUUUUUUUGGUGCUUUAACUAAAGGCUUGCAAAAAAUAAAAACUUUUAAAAACUAAAAUAUAAUAUAUUUAAAAAAUUGAGCUAUUGUUGGAAUGCAUGAACAGACUGACUGAAGAAUAAUCUCAUUUUGAAAUUUUUUGCCUUUGUUUUUUAGCCAAGUCUGAGCAAAUUGCAAGAAAAAUAACAUUUUGAAAAAAAUUCUAGAUAAGGAGAAUUCUUGAAAAAAAAAAUCAUUUGAAUAAUUGCAACGAAAAUUUUCCAAUUUAAUGUAUGCACACAAACAGAAAAGUCAAUAUAUGCAAAAAAAACUUUGUUUGUGAGGUUGUCUGUGGUCAUGCGUUUCUCUCUUGAAGGACAGCUAAGGACUUGCAGAUGAGCUCAUCUCAACAAGGGUUGUGGAAGGAAGAUUGGAGAUGAAGUACUGUAGGCAUCGUUUCUGAAGGUAUAAGACUGAAGACAGGUAAAGUAUUGGCAUUGGAUGCCCCCUGUUUGGUUGGUCAAAUGGACUUUCUCUCUCCAUGUUUAGAAGAAGUGAAUCUUUUUUGUAGUUAUGUUUUACCGUAGAUAAAUGUAACCGACUUGAUUUGAUGAACUCCUGCAGCGGUCUACAUCUCUAUGCAUGUGCUAUGACUCAGGUCCAGACGCCUGCUUACUACUAAGUUCAAACACAUUACAAGUCCCAUCGUACACUGCAAGCAGUGCUGCCUUAUCUGCAUAGUAACUUCUUAUUUUUCAGUAUAAAGACUUACUUAAAAACUGAUUUUUAAGUUGUAGUGAUUGAUCAAUUAUGGAAGUAAAAAAAUGAAAAUAAAAAAGCAUUUCUCUGCAUUUUCAACCCAUUAUAUCAGUGAACUUGGAUUUAACAUACAAUAAUAUUUGAGGCUGAUGAAGCAGUAAUGCUUUCUUUUCCUGCUAUGCAUAUUGGAAGUUUGAGAAAAUACUACAAAACAAAAACAUGUUUAAAUUGUGGCUGUACAUAAUGCUAGCAAAUGGCCUUGGUUCGCUGUAAAUGAACUUUUCUACAUUUGUUAUUUUGUAUAAAAGUUUUUUUUUUUGUUUUUUUUAAAAUGUUUCUUAAAAAAGAAAAAAGAGCGAAAGUGAUGAUUUAAUUGGUUGUGUUUGUAUUCUGGUUAUACAUGCCUACCGUGAGCCUUGGAACUGACCUACAGUAAGCAGAGUAAUAAAAUCAAACUUUUCUACCAUCAUACAUACAUACACCCCCAACACAACACUACUACUUAAAAAGGAAUUUCUAACAAUCAGAAAUAACUCUUUUUUUUUUUCCUUAUUAUUUACACACAAAAAAAAGAGAAAAAGUGCUUGGUUUAAAUCAUUUUAAAAGAUUCUGUACUUGAGGGGACCUGCUUUAAGGAGCGGUCCCGUCCUCUAUUUGUGAUGCUGGAACCUUCAUUCCAUUGCAAUGUAUUUUUGUACUAAUAGACUAUUUAUUAUGGCACAUCCGUAUUAUUUAAUUUUGAUAUGAUGAUAUAACGCACUAGUUGUUUUCUUUUUCCUGUGUGGCUGACAUGAUUUACGUUUAAAUGUUUUGUUCUUUACAACACAUUUCUAAGUAUAACACUGUAUUAAUACAUAAAUAAAAUAAAAUCAUUUUUAAAAGUAGUGCUUGGUUUGAGACUUCAGUCGUGAGAAGAGAGUACAUUUAUUGAGUAGGAUGCUUAUAAUACACACUGAUCUGAUCUGUGGGUGUGUCUCGCUUAACAGAUUUAGUGUGUCGUUUUUUUUUUUUCCAGCUUGCUAAUCUGUGGAUGCAAAUGCACGUCUAGAGAUCCAUUUACAGUAAUAAGAUAUUUCAAACAUCGACAAUUCAUGGUACAAUUCCUUUUCGGUCUCCAAGCCUUUUACUCGUGGCUUCAAGUGUCUCAUAUGGUGAAUGAAUGGUGUACAAAGGUGACAGGUUGUCUGUCUGGUGUCUUCUCACUGAUCAAUGAUCUCACCAGGGUCCAAAAAGGGGAUAAACUAAAAUACUGAGCGAAAAAAAAUAAACGCAACAUGUAAAAAA